AUGGAUAUAACUCCAACAACUUUUGCUGCGCCGAACUCAUCAGAGGAUACGAAUUCCACGAGUGCCCCGAGACCUCCGCCUCACUCCCAGAGCGCGGCCGUCUUCAUCGUGCUCAUGGUCACUGUUAUCAUUCUGGUGACGAUCGUGGGGAAUGUACUGGUUGUGGUGGCCGUUUUCACCAGCCGUGCACUCCGUGCGCCGCAGAAUCUCUUCCUUGUCUCCUUGGCAUCGGCAGAUAUCUUAGUGGCUACCUUGGUCAUACCUUUCUCCCUCGCCAACGAGGUCAUGGGUUACUGGUACUUUGGGAGCACAUGGUGUGCCUUCUACCUGGCCCUCGACGUCCUCUUCUGCACGUCCUCCAUUGUGCACCUCUGCGCCAUAAGCCUGGACAGGUACUGGUCUGUAACCAAAGCUGUUAGCUAUAACCUGAAGAGGACGCCAAAGCGUAUUAAGUGUAUGAUCACCGUGGUCUGGGUCAUAUCAGCGGUCAUCUCUUUCCCACCGUUGCUUAUGACCAAACACGACGAGCACGAGUGCUUGCUCAACAACGAAACAUGGUAUAUUCUCUCGUCUUGCCUGGUCUCAUUUUUCGCCCCUGGACUAAUCAUGAUUCUGGUGUAUUGUAAAAUAUACAGAGUGGCCAAGCAGCGCGCAUCAACCGUGUUCGCGGCCAAGAACGGGAUGGAGAGACAGCCUUUGGAGUCGGAAACUUGCUUUGUGCCCAGGGAGAAAUUUGAGACGGAGAGCCCCAGCAGCCUGAGUAUAGGUGGCCACCCGCGGAAAGGAGAGCUGGACGAUAUAUACCUGGAAGAGACCUGUGCCCCCGAUAGCAAACCCAAGAAAUGCCACUUCUCCAAGAGAGGGAAAGUGGAGGGCGCGAACACGUUCACAAAACAGAGCUGCCGCGCGCCGUCGGCUUCGAAUAGCAACGCACAGCUCUCUCGGGACCAAAGGACGAGACAGAUGUCACUGUCAAAGACAAAACUGGCGCAGAUGCGCGAAAAGCGCUUUACAUUUGUCCUUGCAGUGGUGAUGGGGGUGUUUGUACUCUGCUGGUUCCCAUUCUUUUUUACAUACAGUCUGCACGCAAUAUGCAGAGAUAGUUGCCCAAUUCCGGAUGCUCUCUUCAAUCUGUUUUUCUGGAUUGGUUACUGUAACAGUUCAGUGAACCCUAUAAUUUAUACAAUAUUUAAUCGUGAUUUUCGGAGAUCUUUCAAGAAGAUCAUAUGCCAGACUUCACACACAUAA